AGAAGAACUCUUGAACUCAUUCAUAUACAAAGAACAAAAAGAUUAUUUAUUUAUGCCUUCUGCUACCAAAUUGAUUGAUUUGGGAGUACAAAUUCCAUACCAUUUCAGAUGUCCAAUCUCUCUUGACCUAAUGCAAGAUCCGGUUACUGUCUGUACCGGUCAGACAUACGACCGUUACGGCAUAGAUUCAUGGUUCGCCACCGGUAACACGACAUGUCCGGUUACCGGUUCACCUAUAUCCGACUUAACCCUCAUCCCUAAUCACACCCUUCGCCGGCUCAUCCAGGAAUGGUGCGUAGCCAACCGUUCAUUUGGGGUUCGCCGGAUUCCGACUCCAAAACAGCCGGUUGAACCGCACACGGUUCGAUCCUUACUUACCCAAGUUUCAAACGGAUUGAAUUCUUUCGCUUCUCGACUAUCGGCGAUUCGCCGACUCAAAGGACUCGCUCGGGAAUCGGACAAGAAUCGGACGGUUAUCUCUGCUCUCAGCGCGCGGGAGAUUCUUUUAUCUAUUGUUUUCGAUAAUAUUGGGGGUUUCGAUGAAUCGUCCGAGUUGAUUCAUGAUUCGAUGGCGAUUCUAGCUACGUAUCUUCCGCUAAGCGAGUUAGAUUGCGGUUAUGUCGCCGCCGAUCCGGAUCGAAUCGCCUUCCUCAUCUCGCUUCUGUUCCAUUCGAAUUUCGAGGUCAGAGUUAACUCAGCCGCUAUGAUCGAGGCAGUCGUCGCCGGGACUGGAUCGUCGGAGGUCCGUGCGGAAAUAUGUAAAGCCGACGAGAUUUACAGAGGAGUAAUCGGAAUUCUCAAUUCACCCGAGGCGCAUCCGCGUGCAGUUAAAAUCGGAAUCAAAACUGUUUUCGCUUUGUGCCUUGUUAAGCAGCACCGACUCAAGGCGGUGGCGGCCGGAGCUGCGGAAGCUAUUAUCGGCCGAUUGCCUGAUCUUGAGAAAUGCGACGCCGAGAGAGCGCUUGCAACGGUCGAGCUUCUCUGUCGGCUACCGACAGGAUGCUCUGCUUUUGCGAAUCAGGAUUUGACGGUGCCGAUAUUGGUGAAGAUUAUAUUGAAGAUAUCGGACAGGGCAACGGAGUACGCCGCCGGAGCAUUGCUGUCGCUCUGCUCGGCGUCGGAGACUUGCAGGAGAGAGGCGGUGGUUGCCGGUGUAUGGACGCAACUGCUGCUUUUGGUGCAGAGCGAUCGUACUGAAAGGGCGAAGAGGAAGGCGCAGAUGCUGUUAAAGUUGGUCCGGGAUGUUUUACCGGCGAUCAAUUCCGACAAGUUGGGUUAUAGUGACAUUGUUCUUUAUUAAAAAAAAUAUAUAUAUAGAAAAAAACAUUUAUUAUAGUCACAAGUUUGGCUUACAAUUUACAAAAGAUCAACGAAAGAAAAAAACAAAUGUUCAGAAAAUUUUUGUAGCAUUUUAUUUUGGUGAUUAAUGGAAAAUAGUAAAUAGAGGAUUUCAUU